GAUCCUGUUUGUUGCCCUUCUGUCAUCUUAUUCUUAAUUAUAAAUCAUGGGGGAUGAGGAUAAAACAGUUAAACAUGAAAAUUUGGAACCAUCCACCUGGGUGAAUCACACAGCCUCUGCAUAUCAACAAACACAGGAGGAACCUGUUACAAACCAAAUAGGAUUAGAUGAAAGUGAAUCAACUGAAGGAAGUGGUGGUGUGACCAGCAGUGGAAAAAGACUACAAGAAACAUCAACCGAAUCAAAUCAUUUGCAAAGACUAAGGCAAACAUUUGCUUGCCCUCCACAUGGCUUACUGGCUAAAGUAAUAACAAAUGUUACCAUGGUUGUUCUCCUGUGGGCUGUAGUUUGGUCAAUCACUGGCAGUGAAUGUCUUCCUGGAGGAAACCUGUUUGGGAUUAUAAUCCUUUUCUAUUGUGCCGUCAUCGGAGGCAAACUUUUUGGCCUCAUCAAGUUACCUACGUUGCCUCCACUGCCUCCUCUUCUUGGUAUGCUGCUUGCUGGGUUUCUCAUAAAAAAUAUCCCUGUCAUCAAUGAUAAUGUACAGAUCAAGCACAAGUGGUCCUCCGCUUUGAGAAGUAUAGCCCUGUCUAUCAUAUUGGUUCGUGCUGGCCUUGGGCUUGAUUCAAAGGCCCUGCAGAAGUUGAAGGGUGUUUGUAUGCGAUUAUCCGUCGGUCCUUGUCUUGUGGAGGCAUGCACGUCCGCUCUUCUUGCCCACUUCCUAAUGGGUUUACCAUGGCAAUGGGCAUUUAUACUGGGUUUUGUUGUAGGUGCUGUCUCUCCAGCUGUCGUGGUGCCUUCAAUGCUCCUUUUGCAGGAAGGAGGUUAUGGUGUUGAAAAAGGUGUCCCAACCUUACUCAUGGCAGCUGGCAGCUUCGAUGACAUUCUGGCCAUCACUGGCUUCAACACGUGCUUAGGCAUGGCCUUUUCCACAGGCUCCACACUGUUCAAUGUCUUCAGAGGAGUUUUGGAGGUGUUGAUUGGUGUGGCAGCUGGAUUCCUUCUUGGAUUUUUCAUUAAGUACUUUCCAAGCAGUGACCAGAGCGAACUCGUAUGGAAGAGAGCCUUCCUUGUCCUGGGGCUCUCUGUGCUAGCGGUGUUCAGCAGCACGUACUUGGGUUUCCCUGGGUCCGGAGGACUCUGCACAUUGGUCAUGGCUUUCCUUGCAGGCCUGGGAUGGGCCAGCAAAAAGGCAGAGGUUCAAAAAAUUAUUGCAGUUGCCUGGAACAUUUUUCAGCCCCUUCUCUUUGGUCUGAUUGGAGCAGAGGUAUCUGUUUCAUCUCUCAGGCCAGAAACUGUAGGCCUUUGUGUUGCCACCUUGGGCAUUGCAGUAUUGAUACGAAUUUUGACUACAUUUCUGAUGGUGUGUUUUGCUGGUUUUAACAUAAAAGAAAAGAUAUUCAUUUCUUUUGCAUGGCUUCCGAAGGCCACAGUCCAGGCUGCAAUAGGAUCUGUAGCUUUGGACACAGCAAGAUCACAUGGAGAUAAACAGUCAGAAGAAUAUGGAAUGGACGUGCUGACAGUGGCGUUUCUGGCCAUCCUCAUCACAGCCCCGAUUGGAAGCCUACUGAUUGGCUUGCUGGGCCCCAGGCUUCUCCAGAAAGCUGCCCAUCAAAAUAGAGAUGAGGAAGUUCAAGGGGAAAUUUCUAUACACCUUUAGAGGUGAAAGGAAAGAAUGCUGAAUAUGAUGAUUAGAAAGCUGCUAACAGAGGCUACUUUUAUCAAGAUGAAUCCUGAAAUAUGUAAUGUGUAAGCUUAAAAUGAAUAGAACCAAACGUGUGACUAUUUCUUUAAACAGCAUUUUUAGCCAUUACCCUUUCCAUGUGGAUGGUGAUGUUCUGCAUCUCCAA